GGGUCUCCAAGGAAGAAGACGUCAGUUGGAUUUGGAAUCAACGGUUAUGUACCGGAUUUCCGCGAGUUUUUUUUUUCCUGCCAUGAUCCAAGCUCAUCUUCGAGCCCUUUCGUCUCCAGAUCGUCUUCGUUUCCUUCAGUCUUGACUCUUGAGGUGACGAUUUCAGCUGCCGUCACAGAUCACGGAUCGUGUUCCUUUUUUCUCUUUUCUUUUUCCUUUUCCGGAAAGAUUAGGUCAUGAAUGAGCUUCUUGCUAGAUCUGGGCGACGACAGGACAACCCAGAGCCAUGGUAAUUUGGUUCUAGGGUUUGUUCACGAAUUCAAGAAAUCAAUCGGAUUGGAUAAUGAACUACGGUAACCUGCCGGUAUUCCUUGUAGUUUUUGCUUCUUGUGAAAAUGAAUGAAGUACUUGGAAAGGAUGAGGUUGUACUGUAUUUCCUGGUCCGGGUGAGCUAUCAAGUCUUUCAAGAAGUGGAGAAAUUAGGGUGCGUCAUGGAGUUCGCUAGCAUUAGAAUCUCGUAAAUUUGGGAAAGGAAGUGAGAGGGAUGAAGCGGAGGAGUUAUCCGGGUCGAUGGAGCGCGAAGUUUAUCGUGAUGCUUCUGCUGGGCUUCUCUGUCGCGAGCCUGGUGGUGAUGCAGGGGCACUACAGCCUAGUUAUGAAGCCGAGUGCAGAGACAUCACCGCCGCCGGUCCAGAAGCCCAAGAUCGCGUUUCUAUUUAUAGCAAGGAAUCGGCUUCCCUUAGACAUGGUUUGGGAUGCCUUCUUCCAGGGCGAGAAGGAGGGUAGAUUCUCGAUCUAUGUUCAUUCUAGGCCUGGCUUUCUCUUCAAUAAGGCGACGACACAAUCUGCAUAUUUUUACGGCCGCCAGGUCAACAACAGUAUACAGAAACAGGUAGAUUGGGGAGAAGCAAGCAUGAUCCAAGCAGAGCGUAUUUUGCUUAGAAAUGCACUCAAGGAUUCUUUUAAUAAGCGAUUUGUUUUCCUUUCUGAUAGCUGCAUACCCCUAUACAAUUGCAGCUACACAUAUGACUAUAUAAUGUCUACAUCAACUAGCUUUAUAGACAGUUUUGCGGACACAAAAGAGGGUCGUUAUAAUCCAAAAAUGUAUCCAGUUAUUCCAGUACAUAAUUGGAGGAAAGGAUCUCAGUGGGCUGUGUUAAUUAAAAAGCAUGCUCUGAUAAUGGUGAAUGAUGAUACAGUCUUCCCGGAAUUUCAAAAGCAUUGCAGGAGGAGGUCAUUACCAGAAUUUUGGCGGGAUCAUCCUCUUCCUUCAGAUGCGUCCAAGGAACACAACUGCAUACCAGAUGAGCAUUAUCUUCAAACGUUGAUUGCACAAAAUGGUCUUGAAGAGGAAAUCACUCGGAGAACUCUGACACAUACUUCAUGGGAUCUUUCAUCUUCCAAAGAUCGUGAAAGGCGUGGGUGGCAUCCUGUGACGUACAAGCUUUCAGAUACUACUCCCAUGCUUAUUAAAUCUAUAAAGAACAUAGAUAAUGUGUACUAUGAGACGGAAUACAGGAGGGAAUGGUGUAGAAACAAAGAGAAGCCAUCACCAUGUUUCCUCUUUGCAAGGAAAUUCACACGCCCUGCUGUCUACAGGCUUCUUAACAUGUCUGCACUUGUAAAUUGAUUUUAGAGUCCAAUAUCAACAUGCAUGGGUUGCUUCAGGCUUCCGUUCAGGAGGAAAGCUACAGAAGUUGUAAAUGAUAAAUGAUUUCUUCCUCAUGUAUUUGUUUGCAUGGUAGGGGAGAUCUUUUGGAGGUAUCCAUACCCCAAUCAGACAGUGCAAUUGUUGUUUUGAACAUAUGUUACUCCUACAAUAGAUUAUCAAUCCUGAAAGCCAGUUCUCUCUCUCU